AUGACUGAGGAUCCAGCGGUAUAUUUGGAUAUCUCUAUUGACAAUAAACCAAUUGGCCGUGUAGUUUGCAGGCUUUUCCGCGAGAGUGCCCCAAAGACAACUGAGAAUUUUUAUAGACUAUGUGCAGGUGAUGCCAAGAGUCCUCUAAAAGACCAACAAUCGCUGAGCUACAAGGGAAAUGGCUUCCAUCGGGUUGUUAAAAAUUUUAUGAUCCAGGCAGGUGACAUUGUAUUUGGAACAAAAGACGAUUACUCUUCAUCAUCGGUUGGAAAGGGUGGCUGUUCAAUUUAUGCCGAUGAAGAGGAGGUAAAAGUCAAUAAUUUGUCUUUCUGUCACGGAAAUUUUGAAGAUGAAAACUUGGGGGAAUUUUUGGAACCGUUUACCUUAGGGAUGGCUAAUUUAGGCUCUCCAAAUACGAACAAUUCCCAGUUUUUCAUUACUACAUACGCCGCACCUCAUUUGAAUGGCAAACACUCCAUUUUUGGGAAAGUUAUUCAUGGUAAAUCUGUGGUUCGUGCUGUAGAGCACUCCAAGGUAGAUAGUGACGGUGUUCCUGAAUCAGAAAUUAGGAUCUGUGACUGUGGAGUGUGGGAUAAAAGCAAAGGUGUUCCACUUUACACUGCCUCUAAUGAUCCGAUUGGCGGCGAUGUUUACGAAGAAUACCCUGAUGACGAUAUGCACUUCAACGAGGACGACUUUAGUAAGGCGCUUGAAGCAGCCACUAUAAUUAAAGAUUCUGGAACGCUUCUAUUUAAAAAGAACGAUUACUCGAAUGCCUUUUUCAAGUAUAGAAAAUCAUUAAAUUAUAUUAAUGAGUACACGCCUGAACCCGACGUAGAUAAAGAAAGAAACUAUCAAUUUACUAGCUUGAAAAUGAAGGUUUACUUGAAUCUGUCCUUGGUGCUCUUCAAUGUCGAAAAAUACGAUGAUUCAAUCACGUAUGCUACUUACUUAUUAGAGAUGGAUAACGUUCCAGACAAAGAUCAAGCAAAAGCUUACUAUAGAAGAGGUAACAGCUACUUAAAGAAAAAGAGAUUGGAUGAAGCUUUGCAGAAUUACAAACUUUGUAAAGACAAGAAUCCCGAUGACAAGGUUAUAGGGCAAAAAAUAGAAUAUGUAGAAAACCUUAUAGAAGAGAAAAAGGAGAAGACGAGGAAGAACAUUUCAAAGUUUUUCUCCUGA